AUAGCCAUAUACGCGUGGAUAGACACAUUAUCUUACUAUUUUACCUCCGUAUCACAAGACCCAAAAUAGAAACCGAUGAUUUUAUAUUAAAGCGAUUUUAGUAAAGCCAUAGACAUAAAUAUGGUAAUAUAAUACCCUGUCUUAAGAGAGCUACUCUAAUACUAGUAGGCCUACUAUCUAAACAAAGACGACAUCAAUACAACAGUUAUGUGAAUAAGGUCAAUUGUCAAGUUUCAUCAAAAGAUUCUCAAAAAUGAUGGGAAGACACUUUGACACUACAGUAUCUUUGCAUAAUAUUUUAUUUCAAAACUGGAGUACCACCACUACAAAAGGUGUUGUCCUGGCCUCAUUCCUGGCUUUUCUUUUCACUUUCCUGUUUGAGGGACUUAAAUCUUUAAAGUCUUAUGUGGUGCUCCAGCGCAAACAGAAUCCAUAUGCCAACAAAGAACUUGUAGCUAGAAGACGAGUUCAGAUCAGUGAUUCUCAGACCGAUCUUUUAUCCUCGUCUUUGAUGAAUCAGUUGAACAGAUUGAGACUUACAAAAUGGAGACGGAUCAUGUUUACUGUGGAGUCAGCAUUGAAUCUUGUCAGUUUCUUCUAUGGCUACCUUCUAAUGUUACUUGUGAUGACCUACAGUGUCUGGCUUGUGCUUGCAGUUUUGUUGGGUACAGGAGUUGGAUAUUUCUUCUUUCACCCAAUUAAUGAACAUUUAAUGAUGAAGUUGUCACCUAGACCUACAAGUUUCUACUCUUCAGAUACAAAUUCUGUUCUGGUUUCUCAACAUGGAGGAGUAUUUCCAUUUAACAGGACUGAACACACUAACACUCAAGAUUACUCCAGUCAACUGUGAGGAACUAUGAAGGUUUAUGAUAGAUGUCACAUCAUUGGGACAUCAACCAGAGAUCUGUUUGUUUUUUGUGCAGAAGCAAUUCCUUUACUAUGUUUUUUAAUGAUUUUUUUUUUAUAUGUUGAUUUUUUCAUUUGCAAUCUCAGUUAUUAGGGCAAUGGUUCUAGCUGAAAGUAUUCCUUGAAAUGUAAUACAUUGUAUUGAGAUUUCAUUAGAAUUAAAUGUUGAUAUCUAAUUCUAUAGGAGUGAAAUUGUUAUUAUAAGAUACACUACUAAUCAUAAACAAAUCAUCUAAUUUGACAAAAUGUCUUUUUUUUUUUUUACAUUGAGUUACAAGAAAUAUUAAAAUUUCCAAUUAGUUUUUUUUUAUGCUCAUAAUACCCUAAAAAUUUAAGAUGAAAUUUUUCUAAGAUAACUAAGCAAUAUUCAUUAAUUACUAAAAUGAAAAAAUAUUUUUGUUAAUUGUAUACAAUAUUAAUAUUAUUUUUUUUCCCUUAUUGUUAUUACAAAAUUACACUGGACUAUCAUAUUUAUUUGAUUUAUUGGCAUUUUGGAACUUUGUAAUGCUUCAUAACUAUAAUCUCAUUUUUCUUGACCUGACAUUUUGUACAAAACCUUUGUGAUAAUUUUAUAUUUUUUUUUAUACCAACUAAACUGUUUGCCCCUCAAUAAUUCUGUUUAUUAUUUCAUGAAAUGUUUAUAUUAUGAGUUUACAACAGGGCUGAUUAUCUGGUCAUGUGGUAAGGGCUCUGGACUGUCAUCUCAUUGGUCCCAUAUUCAAACCCUGACUGCUGCCAUCCCUUGUGGUCCAUGGUAGGUUUGUCUCGGAUUUACUAAUCUUAAAUUAUAUUUAAAACAAACAAAAAACAAAAUAAUGUUGGAAAAAAAAAACAACACUUUUAUAGAAUAAUUUUAUAUCAAGUGUAAAUUUUUUUUUUCUGUGAGGAUGAUAUCUCAGUGAAUUAAUCUUGUUUCAACCAAGUCUUCUUGUUUUUUUUUUUGGGGUGGGGGGUGGGGGAGCGAGGGGUUGUAUAUUUGUGUCACACCUUAAGUUACCAUGAAACACCAUUCUAAAUGAUUGUGAACCUUUGACUCUAUAAAAAAAAAAGACAGCCCAUAAUUUCAAAAGGCACAAAUAAAGUUUUUCCUUUGAGAUGUAUUUCUAUGUUUUUAAAACCAAGCUUUGUGACAAACUGUUUGUGAUGGGCAAAGGAACAACAGUUGAAAUGUCAAAUACCUAUUUGAGCUGGGUAGAUAGAUGGUUGUUUUCAUCAUCAUUUCCUUAACAUCUCUCUCUUUACUGCAAUUUAACUCAUCACUUGACCACAAUUUAAAAAAAAAUAUAUUUUACUUAAAUUUUGUGUUGAUAUUAACCCAUUUAGCAUGUUUUUGCUAUAAUGGCGUUUGUUUCAUUUACUUGAUCUCACUGCUUGUAUUUUUUGUUUUCCUGUAAAGUUUUAAAUUUGCUUUAAUCAGCAGUUAACUAGGCUCUCACCAAUCAUCUAGUUGCCCCUUGGGAAUUUAAUAGUCUCUCACCAAUCAUCUAGUUGCCCCUUGGGAGUUUAAUUCUCACCAAUCUAGUUGCCCCUUGGGAGUUUAAUAGUCUCUCACCAAUCAUCUAGUUGCCCCUUGGGGGUUUAAUAGUCUCUCACCAAUCAUCUAGUUGCCCCUUGAGAGUUUAAUAGUCUCUCACCAAUCAUCUAGUUGCCCCUUGGGAGUUAAAUAGUCUCUCACCAAUCAUCUAGUUGCCCCUUGGGAGUUUAAUAGUCUCUCACCAAUCAUCUAGUUGCCCCUUGAGAGUUUAAUAGUCUCUCACCAAUCAUCUAGUUGCCCCUUGGGAGUUAAAUAGUCUCUCACCAAUCAUCUAGUUGUCACUUGAGUUCUUGCUGCAACUAUAACCCACUUAAUUAACUCGGUUGGAUCGCUAAAACCCAAACUUUAUUGUCCCUUCAUUAAUCUCACAUUGGCAACUUUCCUCAUGAAAAUUGUCAUCCUUCUGGUCCUUCACUCCUACAUUCCAGCUGACACAUAAAGUAAGCAUUCUACUCUACAAUGAUACACACAUUCAUCUGGGACUUUGCCUGACAGUUGCCUGAUCUUGUCAUAUAUUUUUUUAGAUUAUCCCUUUGAAACGUAUUGAACUUUGUAUUUGAUCGUUUUUAUUUUCUUGAUUCAAGCACAAAUCUUAAUCUCACUCUGAUUUUUUGUUUUCAUGUAUUUAGGGUCGGGGUGCCCUUUGUUGUGAUGUCCCAAGGAAUUGUCAGAAAAAAUUGUUAGAGACUUUGUUUAUUUAUUGAACUUAAGUAACUCACUUUUAAAUUGAUGAUUUUAACAAAAAUUCAUUAGCUAACAAGUACUGAGUUUUUACAAAUAUCGCAAUUUCGGCACUUAACUUAAAAAAUUACCUUUUAUUGUUUCCUCUUGUUUAAACAUACUCUACUUAUGUAUAUAUGUAGGUUUGCUAUAAUAUAUUAAUAAAUGAUACUCAGAUGUAAAGUUCAAAACUUCUGCAGUUAUU